CUUUCUUUGUGAACGUUUCUCUUUUAAUUUCCUGUAUACUUUUCAACGACUUUUUGCAUUAUCUUUCUGAACAGUUUUUCCAUCGUUAUCUCCCUUCUCUUUGUUUUUCGCCAAUCAUAAAUAAUUUGUUUCAAAACCGCCGUCUGCGAGUUCUGUGUGGAUCCACAGAACAUGCAUGUUGUGUCACGUGGGUUCUCAAAUCGGGCGCACUGAGAUAACCGCCUUUGGGGAAAGGGUGGUUGCUUAAUCUAGUCUCUUUGAAAUCGUUGCCAUUACCUGAUCCAUGAGUUUUGACCACAAUCCAUCAGGUCCUACUGCGAGUAAAAAUGGAUCUUUACGAGCGCUGCAGUCAUCCAUCCUGAAUGAAGCCAAAGAUCGAUGCGAUUUCAAAAAAGCAGAAGAAUUGUUCCUAGAAUUGGUUCAUCAACUCGACAUACCGUUGGCGAGGCAUGCAGCGGCGAUUGAGCAUCGGGAAUACACCUUUGGUGAAAUUGUUGCAUUUCAGAGAAGUAUAGCGACGAUGGUGCGUUAUGCUCCGAAUGCGCAACGGGCGAUUGAUUACUUCACUUUUUUGAUGCGACAAAGAACGACGGCGCUCCUUGACGACGACAUUCUGCAGACAUGCAGCAUCAAUAUGAUUUACGUGUAUUGUCAUGCGGGCGAAGAAUACAUGGGAAAGGCGAAGGAAAUACUGGAACUGGCUUUGGCUUCCUUCGCAGCCACCAAAGCAGAAAAAUGGGACGAUCAAUCAGCCACGGAAGAGGUGCUCAAAUCCGUAUCCAUGCCCGUAUUGAAAUAUUUUAGGUUGAAGAUAUCGUUUGACCGAUACGAACUGCAACCCUAUCGCCCACCUCCACGCUCAUACCAAUCCACCACGUCAUAAAUCCUUGUCCCCACAGACCCCUUGACCAAUUUGCGAUCCAACAUUAGAAUAUCAUCUCUCCAUUAUACCUGCGCUUUUAC